CUCUGCUGGGCAGACACAACAAGCGCUGAAACAUUUGAAUUAACAGCAGCAGACUAAAGAGCAAGAUGGAGGACUACUAUUACCAUGACGACGAGGACUCCAGCCUCAACGUCAGCUACGACUACAGCUAUGAACACUCGGUCUGCGACAAGGAGACUGUGCGUUCGUUCGCCAGUGUCUUCCUCCCGGCCAUCUACUCGCUGGCACUGGUGGUGGGCCUGGCGGGGAACGCUCUGGUUGUGGCGGUCUACGCGUCACGCUCGCGACUGCGCACCUUGACAGACGUGUGCAUCCUUAACCUGGCCAUCUCGGACCUGCUCCUGCUCGUCACACUGCCGUUCUGGGCGGCUGACGCCGUGCACGGCUGGAGGUUGGGCUCAGCUGCAUGCAAGCUCACCUCCUUCCUCUACAGCACCAACUUCAGCUGUGGCAUGCUUCUGCUGGCCUGCAUCAGCGUGGACCGCUACAGGGCCGUAGCCCAGAGCACGGCAGGGAGGGCCACUAGGGGCCCCCGCGUACGGAGAAAGUGGCUCGUGGUGUGCUUGGCGCUGUGGGCAGUGGCUAGCUUCCUUGGUCUCCCCGAGUUGGUCUUCUCCACCGUCAAGCACUCCCAUCACAGGAUAUACUGUACGGCUGUGUACCCGCACAGCAUGGCUCGACCCGCCAAAGCUACCCUGGAGCUGCUGGAGGUUGGCCUCAGGUUUGUGCUGCCUUUCCUGGUUAUGGUGGUCUGCUACUGCUUGUUGGGCCGUGCCCUGGGCCGAGUGGCGGGCAUGCAGAGGGAGCGGAAGUGGCGGGCCCUGCGGGUGCUGUUAGCGGUGGUGGCCGUCUUUCUGCUGACUCAGCUUCCUUACAAUGUGGUAAAACUAUGCAGAGCGCUGGACAUAAUCUACAUGCUAGUGACCGACUGUGAGGUCAGUAAGGGCUUAGAUCACGCCCUCCAAGUGACCGAGAGCCUGGCGCUGACCCACGCCUGCAUUAACCCGCUCCUCUACGCAUUCCUCGGUUCCUCCUUCAGGGGACACAUCCUCAAAGCUGCCAAGCGUCUCGGUCAGCAACUCGGGCAGCACCCCGAACGAGAGGCCGGCGAGCCAGCGGUAGAGAUCGCGCUCACCACUCGCAAUCAAAACCAAUCACAGUCUGGAUCAGAGGAACCAGACACAAGCACGUUUACCAUGUGAAGUGCACACAGAACUUGUCACAACACUAACUUGAGGAGCGCAUUCCAGUGUAGGGCACAAAACCUCUAACAUGCCGCGACUCCCAUGAAACAUUCAUUUAGCUGUUGCUACAUUGAUAUUAGAGAUUAUGUAAAAUACUCGUUCCAGAGAAACUCAGUAGUUAGGCUAGGGAAAAGAUCAUCAGAUUUAGGAAAUCGCAGUUAGGGAGCAAACAUCUCUACUUCUUAGAUUACGGACAUUGAAGGAGAUGGAAUGUUGAGAGAUUGACUGAGUCUUUGUAAGCAUAGGGUAACCCGAGGGUGUCCAAACACUUUCUGGUGAGGGCUGCAGCCCGAAAAGUCAACAUGACGCUCAGUGGCAUGUCCAGGGGGUGGCCUACGGUGCCACCACUAGAAUCCGAUAGGCCACCCAAGGUGCUACCCCGCUUAUAGGUGGAACGAUUUGAAGCAUACGAACGUAGCGUAGUAAGUCAGAGGCCGGUAUUCUGUCCACACAUAUCCUGCGAGUGGCGGUAAUGUGCUUGAUCUAGUGAUGUGACGUGAUGUGUGGAGGCUUCGAGGCGUGUUUCGAGUAAUGGAGGGGGCGUUUCGGCUAAGCGCGUGAAGCGAGCCUCGUUGUACCACGUGACCGAUUCGGUCCCUGGAUAAGAUUUAGCGAGGAGAUUCGACAACACACAAAUCUGGGAUUUUGAGAGUUGUGGUCUGUCUGGAAUCCGGAUAGAAAAUAAAGAAUUUUUUUUUUUAAGUGCCAGUAGAAUCAAAGAAUACCGAUGCAUGGUAUCAAAUUUAAUCCAAGACGUUUACCGCCUCAUGAACAGUAUGAAUAGCACAAAAUUGAAACAAAACUAUAUACAGUACAGGUCAAAAGUUUGGACAUACUGUACCUUCUCCUCAUUCAAUGCGUUGUCUUUAUUUUCAUGACUAUUUACAUUGUAGAUUGUCACUGAAGGCAUCAAAACUAUGAAUGAACACAUGUGGAGUUAUGUACUUAAGAAAAAAAGGGUAAAUAACUGAAAACAUGUUUUAUAUUCUAGUUUCUUCAAAAUAGCCACCUUUUGCUCUGAUUACUGCUUUGCAAACUCUUGGCAUUCUGUAUAUGAGCUUCAAGCACACCUGUGAAGUGAAAACCAUUUCAGGUGACUACCUCUUGAAGCUCAUCGAGAGAAUGCCAAGAGUGUGCGAAAAAGUAAUCAGAGCAAAGGGUGGCUAUUUUGAAGAAACUAGAAUAUAAAACAAGUUAUUAUUAAGUACUGUACAUAACUCCACAUGUGUUCAUUCAUAGUUUAGAUGCCUACAGUGACAAUUUACAAGGUAAAUAGUCAUGAAAAUAAAGAAAUCACGUUGAAAUGAGAAGGUGUGUCCAAACUUUUGGCCUGUAAUGUAUAUAUUCUAAGUGUUAUUUUUAUCAAAGCAGUAGUCUGGUAGCGUAAUGGUCUACGCAUCUACCUUUCAUGCCACAUGGCGUGGGUUCGAUUCUCGGCAGAGUUAGAUCGUAAAUAUUAUACAAACAUUACUUUUGAAUUAAGGUAACACAUUCUGUAAGGUAUUUAUUCUCUUUUAAACAAUCACCAGAAAUUAACAGCUGGAUGAUGGAGAGGUUGUGUCAAGAAAAAAUUAUCGCUUAAAUAAAAAAAUGAACUAAAUCUCCCCUGUUCUGUACAUCGUUGUCCAAGUUACUUUGUAGUGACAUCUUCCUCUUUAAGCCCAUAAGUAUUUUUCCCCAAAGUGACAGAAAAGAUGCCCUAUCGUAUAAUACUACCAUGUUGGCAAAAUACAAAGCUCAAUGCUUUAGGGCGCAUAACAUUUAAUGUCAGCAAUUGUCUUACAAGAAGAUUCAUUCCAUACUUGGUAGUGGUAAGCUACUAUAUUAGCUACAGCUGCCCUUGGGGUAGACUGACAGUUUUAUGGGUGCCACCCCUGCAGAACUAAGUGCUCCCCGCGUAUCACCCUGAAAAAAAGUCUGGACACACCACUGGCUAUGCUGAAAACAAUUCAAUGUAGGUUGAUACACGUUCAUACAUUUAAUACCAUCAUACCUUUGCGUUGUUAGUAUUGUAACUUAUAACGAAGGCUGUCAAAGUUAACACGAUAACGAGCUAACAAGAAUUUCCUUUAAAGGCAAGAUUUCUUUUGACACGCGACUAACGUGAACGCACCCUGGUGCGAUCCUUGGUCCAUCACGUAGCCUGGGAAAAUGCAGCUGCGUUCCAGUUGACGUUGAGCCACAAGCGGAAAGAAAUAGCAAGCAGAAAUAAACAAUCAGGGUACAUUGAAUAGAAAGCCAAGCUCCAAAGCCCAGGCGGUUCACUCUCCCGUCAAGACCAAAGCCAUUUCCAUCCAUCACCGGAAAAUGCCAUCUGGAUAGAAGAACCCUUCCACCUCGACAAAGGCAGGACAGGUCUCACCUCAGUAUUUAGAUACCAGUUUAACGGAUUUAACAACCCAAAAUGUGGAUUGUUACGAUCAUGCUUUGACUGUAAAGGAGGUGUGCUAAUUAAAAUAAUAUGUGAUAUUCAUACCUGUCUAUUUGUACCUGCUAGUACAUCAAUUGAGGAUUAUAAAAAAAGAGAUACUUUUUCUGGCGGGCUGAAAUAGUGUAUAUUCCCUUCUAACAUGUUCUGGUUGAUAGCACCAAAGUGUUUAGCAGGCAGAUCGCCUAGAAAUAAUACACUUUAUUACAAACUAAAGAAGUUUAAGACAUUCUCUUGCACAAAUAUGAAUAGGAUUAACUUGUACAACACAGAAUGUGCAGAAUAUCAGAGGCAUUUAUUCGGGUAAAACAAUCAGAGGUUCCAUUGCCAAAAUUGUUUGACAAUCAAGGCAUGAUUGUAACAAUCCACAUUAGGGAUGUGCAAUAAACUACAGACAAAAUGUGAUUAAUUAUAAGCAUUUGACAGCCCUAUUUAUAACAUAUCUUAACAUUAAUUCAUCAAUAAAUGUAUUUCAUUUUUACACUUUACCCAAAAUAAUUACACAAUGAGGGUAAUUGCACUUGACUGAGCUAACCUAUGUAUUUUGUAAACAUUGUGUGUUUUGUUGAAAUAAAUACAGCAUUUUCACAAACUCGUACCCUGAGUCAUUGCAAAAACAGUUAGUGCUGCUUUGCUAUAAUAACAAAUGGUUGUAUUGCACAACAUCACUCUGGCAAGUGGCUCUCAUCUAGGAGCUAAUGCUAACAUGUACAGUGAGUGGGAGAAAGCUUCCUUAGACUCAUUGAGUCUUUAAGCCAUAAUGGCAUGGUAGUGUUUGUCAUUCUUUCCAUCCUCAGUACCUGUUAGUCAUCCUCUUUCCGCUGCACUGGUCAAACUACUGGUUACACCGCAGGCAUUUGGAAAAAGAGCACAACAGAAUGCUCUUUACAAGAUUCUAUUGAAAAGUUCGCUGCUGUGUCAUAGUAAGGGAAUAGAUGAGAUGUCAUUUAGAAAUACAAUCCAAGAGGAAACACCCUGAAGAUGACACUCGGUCCUUGUCAACAACGCCAAGCUGUGCUUU